AUGUCAAGCUACGGAAGCACGUCACCUUCUGACGAAGGCUUUGACAGAUACGAGCCGCCAUUUUACUGUCCACCGUCACACCAAGGUAGUCCAAUGGACGGCGGCGUGUACUGGCCGGCGAGUAGUGAAGGGCACGAGUUCGAUGCCCAGGACAUGUAUCAUGACAGCAGUAACUACAUUAGCAGGAAUUAUGGCUACGAAGAAAUGCAGCUGGCGAGCAACGAACCCUACGACUUAUACCACAAUAAUAUGAUACACCACAACUACGGACAAAAUAACUCAGGUAUCGAUUGUGACAUGCAGACUAUACCUCGUUACGACAGACCGCCGCCAUCUUUCGUCAGAGUCGUCAAACGGCGGACAACAGCGAACAAGAAGGAGCGGCGACGGACACAAAGUAUUAACACCGCCUUUACCGACUUACGGGAGUGUAUACCCAACGUUCCUCCGGACACGAAACUGUCAAAGAUGGUGCGACCGAGAUCGCAGAGCAUCAAUACCGCAUUCUCUAAGCUCAGAGAUCGUAUACCAAGCGUCCUACCCGACACUAAGAUGACGAAGAUCAAAACACUCCGUCUCGCGACCUCCUACAUCUCCUACCUCCUGAAAGUCCUGGAGACGGAUGGGGAACCAGCGGGGGGGUUCAGAGCUGAGCUGCACCACACACCCCCAAGGAGGAGAAACGCUGAUCACAGUUCUCAGAACUCAGAAAAAAAAGGUAAAGGACGCACUGGAUGGCCUCAACACGUCUGGGCUUUGGAACUGAAAAGCGAGCAAAACCUACAAACAUAA